AUGAAACUAGCUAAAUCUCAUCUUCAUCUCGAAGAAAACUCGCAUCUACAAAAUUCGACCAUUUCUAAAGACGAUGAUUCUAAACGACUUCAUGCUCAUAUUGAAGCAAUUCAUACGGACACAUUUCAAAAGGAAGAACAACAAUUGGAGAAGUCUUCACUGCCAUCAUUUAAUCAGAAAUCAGUUCAUGCUGUUACUACAACUAAUACACAACCUUCAUCAGAUGAGAUUGCCAAUUCUACAUCAUCUGAACAACAUGCUCGUCGAACAGUAACAUUUGAUGAUGACAAUGCUCCUUCCCAAUCGAUUUCAAAUCGACCUAUUCGUACAUCAUAUGUAAAUUUUCGAUUACCUAAUCACGAUUCAAUUUCAAACGAUCAACAAGAGGCAGAAUUACCUAAUAAUCGACAGCCAUUAGAUACAGCUGUCGCUUCGGGUACAAUGAGUCUUCCUACACCAGAUUUAAAUCAUCUCCUUUCAGAAGAUGAAUACAUUCCAGGUGGUUUUGCUAAUCUCGAUCAUGAAUUAGAAGAAGAAUUCUUGAAUGAUUUUGCCGAUGAAUUCGAUGAUGAAACAACACGACGUAAUCGAUAUAGUUCUUCAAUUCGUCCUAGUGAUCAUACUGUUCAAAUUACUCGAUCGCCCAUCGAACUCUGGCAACGUGCACGUAUUCUUAUUGCUAUUCAUCUCUAUAAAGUUCAAAAUAAAACACUUAAUCCAUAUGAUAAUACAUUUCCUACAUCAACAAUAAUCGAUCCAUUGAAAAGAAAAAUCAUUGAUGAUAAUAGACUUUCGAAUGGGAUCGAUGAAUUUAAUUAUUUAGAAAAAAUAUUCGAACAAAAAGAAAAUAUAGAAGAACGAAAGAUUACAUUUGGUCUUUCAAUAAUACAACAAUUUUCACUUGAUUCUUCUCAACAAUAUCAAUGUGUAGAUUUUUAUGAUGUUGGACAAGGAUAUAUUAUUAUGUGUAAUGUUGUCAAUUUGGAUAAGCCACAAGUCAAUGUAAAAGAUUAUUCAAAUCUAGGACAACUUCAAUCAUAUAAUAAAUCUAACGAUAAAAAAUGUCAUGUAUCUGAACCAAUUUUGAAUCUAACAAUAGAUUCAUCAUUAACAAAAGCCAGUAAACUUGUUGUGUAUCCAAUCAAUAAAAAAUCAUCAAAUAAGCUUCAAUCAAUUGAAUUUGAUUGUCCUUUUCAAUUUAAUUUUAUGAUUUGUAUACCUAUUCUUCGUUUAAUGCUUGGUUUUAUUAAUAUAAAAAAACAAAAAUCAUUAAUGAUAAUAAUUGGUGAUGCAUCACGUAAAGGUGUUUUUCUAUCAAAACAAGAUAUACCCGAUUAUGUUUAUAGCAUUCUUUAUAUACAUGAAUCAACAAUGCUUUUUGUUGGUUGCAUGGGUCGUGUUUUAUUAUAUAAUACUCAACCACUUCAAUUUACUUCUCAACCAUUAUUUGUUUCUGAACUUGCUAAUUUACCAUUUCAAUCAAUGGAACCAAUAAUACAUAUAUGUCAAGUAAUAACACAUCGAGCUAUUGGUCUUUUGUCAAAUCGAUAUUUUAUUUUAUGGCAAUAUACACCAAAUGAAAAUUUAUUAAUAAAAUUUUGUAAUCCAUAUCGAUAUGAUUUUACUCGUUGUCAUUAUAAUUCAAAAUUUGAUUAUAUUAUAUUUGCUUUUAUAGAUGGUUUUAUUUUAAUUUAUCAAAUAAAUCAAAUGAAACAAAUACGUCGUUAUCAUUAUCAUUGGAAAAUGAUAACUGAUUUAAAAAAUAGUAAAGAUCAAAAUUUACUUCUUUCAUCAUCACUUGAUCAUAUUAUUAAUGUUUGGAAUUUAGAAACUCUUCAACAUAUUUAUCAAUAUAAUACAAAUGAAGAAAUAUUUCAAAUUGAUAUUAUUCAUGAAAAUUUAUUUUAUUAUCGUACUUUAAAACAUAUUAUUCUUUUUAAAUUAAAUUUACACACAAUAUUAUUUUCAAUUACAAAAACAAAAGUUAAAUCAUUGAAAUUAUUUACAGAUAUGCAACGAAUUGCACGUAUUAUAGCAUUAGCUGAGGAUAAUUCAAGUAUACUUAUAUCACCAGUUAGUGGAUGUUGUUUAACUUAUGUUUCAAAUAUAGCUAAAAAACCAAUUAAACAAAUAUUACAUGAUAUUAGCAGGAAAAAAGCUGCUAUGAUAUGUCGUUUUACAGUCAUUGAAAGUGAUAGUUCUCAAUCCGACAAUGAAAAUUCUCGAUCAUCAGAUAUUGAUCGUUUAUCAAUAAUUAGUGAUGAUUCCAAUUGGUUUGAUUUAGCUGAAGAUGUCAAAGACAUAUUGCGAAUGAAAAAAUAUGAAAUUCGACAUCAAAACAAACAAUUAAAUACAAUAACAACAGAAAUAAAUGAACAAUCUUUAUCUUAA